AUGAAAAAGUGUUUGAUGAUUGCAGGAGUGCUCUUCUAUGGGCGCCUGGCACUAUCUACAGAGGCAGUAGUCCCUUCAACAGGCGUUGUUACUGAUUCCACGCCAAAGGAAAUGAGCGGGGAAGCCUCGCAGGAGGGCCGAUAUGCGCGCAUAGAGAAACAGGCAACUGAAAUAGAAGAAAAAAUAGUAUUUGUCAUAAAAAAUGGAAACUGCCCAGACGAGGAAGAGGCCAAUGCCAUAAAAGAGCAAAUUCAGAAUUUUAUUUCCAAUGUAAGAAACACUGAUACAUUGUUCAAACAAAACGCAGCUGAUACAUUAUCGCUGAAAAAAGACCAGACGUCAAAGUGGACCAUUAUUUCCAAGGGUCUGCAGGGUGGGUUUAUAGAUAGAUUCUUUAGAGGAGGCCAUAAAUUUAGCUCUAGCAACUUGUCGCCGCAGGAGAAGAAGGAGUCAGAGGGGUACAUGAACUUUCUGAGCAUUCUUAACCGCAUUGCUGGCCUCACAGAAAGCACGACAACUGUCUUUCAAAAGGCAGGCAAAUCCUAUAAAGAGGAAAUGCCCAUAGACGCUGGCAUGCUUUCCUCAACUAUUCAAAACCUUCUUAGAAGAGAGUAUAUUCUUGGCAUUUUGGAGCGUAUUGGGGCAGGAAAAAGCCAGCCUGACAGUUUUAAGAAUGUUCUGAGCGAGCCCAAAAGUGCAUACUCUGAGAUUAUUCUGGAGACUUUCAACCUCCAGAAGAUGCUAAACAAGAAGCUCACGCCGGCAGAGUCUGUCUUGCAGGCAGAUGCUAUCUUUGAGACUCUCCUGGAUACUUUUCUUGUCCAUGAGUACCGUAUCAUACAGGAAGUCCACAAGAAAGACUCCUCUCUAGCAAAGAUGGAGUAUCUAAGUCCCAUUUGGGAAGUGCUGAUCCAGGAGAUAAAUGCGCUGGAAGAUCACGCUAUUAUCCAUAAGGAUGGCAGAGAGAAGGUUGUAUCCCGAAUUAUGAACUGUCUUGACGCUCUAAGCAGGCACAUGCUAAAGAUUCAUCCUGUUCUCAGCGGAAUAAUUGAUCCAACCAAGAAGGGAGAAGGCAUUUUCACACUUUCCCUGCUUGAAGACCAAACUUUGGGGAAUCUAGAGAUGAAUAGCCCAGACUUGGAUGAAGUCGCGAUAGGAAAGUGGCUGGGCAUUCGAGGGGAUGCCUCGUAUAUGGAGGGAAUAGCAUCUUCUGUGUCAAAAAAAACUGGUUCCGCACUCGAAACAAUAACUUCCCGUCUCCCGAGACUAUUCUGGGAUAACUCUGCGGCCUGGGAAAAGUCUCUUCUCGAGGGAAUUCCUGCAGGUCUCGCGGAUAAAAAGAGAGAAGAUCUGAAGAGUUUGGAGAUGGUUCUGAAAAACUCAGUGAAGAUUCUUCAGGCAGUUUCCAACUAUUUGGUGCAAGAGUACACUGUCGUAUCCCAAACUCCAGUGCUAGCCCCAUAUGGUGAUGAGCCGAAUUCUUCUUUGGAUAAAGCCAAGGAAGCAAUAGAAAUACUCCAGAAGUUUCCCACUUUCGCGUGCUACUUGGAGAAGGCGAAUUUUCUAAGAAGAGAGAAUACGCCUGGAAGGAGAUUCUGUCCCGAAUUCAUGGCAUUGGCAGUCAAUGAAGUACAGCAGUUUCAGAUGUUUGUGAAUAGAAAUAGUGAAGAAACAAACAAUCCAACGUAUAUUUCCUUUUUAACGGAAAAAAAAACAUCAGCAGCUGUUCUGGGUCUUCUCCACACGACGGCUUUACAUAUAUGCAUAUAUGCCUUCAGGUUGCCGAGACUUCUUCCUAAGACGGGAAAAGAGGAAGCACUUUUCUCUCUGAAGAAUGAACUGAACCAGAUAGAGGAAACAGUUCAGAGCCUGUCUCCCCGGGCUAGCGUGAAUGCAUCUUUUUUGGCCAACGAUAUGAUUUCAAGCCUGAAUAGAGCCCAAGUAAACCUAGACAAGAUUUCCUUUAUAGAUGGAAAUGAUAUGUUCCUUCAAACUCUAUCGAUGAUGGAAAGUUUUCACCUUCACAUUGACCUCCUUAAAAUGUACUCCUCAAAUCCUGGCCUUUUUAGUCCAUAUGCAGAGGUGAAGUUUAGGGAAAGAUUAUCUUGCAUAAGAAAUGCCUGGGAGGAAAUAAGAAGCAUGGAAAAUGGUUUUGAUGCGCAGGAGAGAGAAAUACUGCAGAGAGCGAACACGUUUUUGUCCAGACCAGCUCCUAGCGCGCCUUCUAUGGAUCUAUUAUAUGACUCUAAUGAAAGAGAACAAUAUACGGAAUCUGAAAUUGCAGGAAACAAUCGUCUGUAUCCAGCACUGCAUGAAAAAAACAACGAGAAUAGGCAUGUACCUCUCUACAAUCAAAAUCAAAUCGAGGACCAAAGAAACGAGCAAUUCGAAAAGCACGAUGAAAAGCACGGCGAAAUGCAAAGAAACGAGGAAACUAAAAUAAUUACACCUGGUUACUCUGGCUCUGACUCUAGCUAUAGCUCUGAGUCUAGCUCUGACUCUUCGUCAAGUGAGAAGACGUCAAAUCACAAGGUUAUUUUCAUCUUCUGUGCGAUUGCUGCUGCAGUUGGAGGGGGUCUAGCCUUUUUCCUGUGGAAAAGGACGAGAAAGACUCGAGGAACUUUUUUCAAAUAA